AGUUAUAAUUUUGAUGGUGAAAUAAGUAUUGACGAAGGAGCAAUUAUGUUUGUUUAUGUAAUAAAAAAAAAACGUGAUGAUGUAUCUAUAUUUGAAGAUCUAUUUGGUUGAAACUGCGAAUUCUCUCUCAAAAAAGGAAAAAAUAUGGAUUCAACAACUGGUGAGUAUUAUCAGAACGUCGUCGUAAUGAGACACGGCGAUCGCAUCGAUAACUUGGAUCCUUUAUGGAUAUCCAAUGCGACCCAACCAUGGGACCCACCUCUAAUCCAAGAAGGUCGCGUCAGGGCUUUCUGUACGGGUCGUAAGUUUCGUAACAUUUUCGGUUUUCCUCUCCAUCGUGUUUUCGUUUCGCCCUUCCUCCGCUGCAUUCACACCGCUUCCGAAGUCAUCGUCGCCCUCUCCUCCGUCGAUGAAAACCCCGAUGCCCUCACCGGUCACUCCCUUACCAUCGAUCCUUCCAAACUCAAGGCCUCUGUUGAAUAUGGUUUAUGUGAAAUGAUGAACAAGAUUGCAAUUAGGGUUGAUGUGGCUCCUAAAGAUGGAAAUUGGGGUUUUGAUUUAUCAGAGCGUGAGGCCAUGCUUCCAUCAGGGACAGUGGAUAACAAUGUAGAAAGGGUCUAUAAAAAGUUGCCUGAGUGGGAGGAGUCGGUUUCGCAAACUAGGGCUAGAUAUGAGCAAAUCAUUAAAGACCUUGCUGAUAAACAUCCUUCUGAAAACUUGCUGCUUGUCACACAUGGGGAAGGAGUUGGUGUGGCUCUUUCUUCAUUCAAGAAGGGUUCUGAAGUACUUGAAGUUGAUUAUUGUGGAUAUGUUGAACUCAGACGCCCGAUUUUUAUGAAAGAUCACUCAUAUACUGCAGGAGAAUUUGAAGCUCUUACUAAUACUGGCCAAACUGGAGUUAAAUAUAUCAUCUAAAGUCAUUUUGAGCAAUGACAUCAGUUAAAAUUCACAAUGGCUUUCCACAUGCCAGAUUUUCAAUUGUUUAUCACUCUGCUUAAUUUUACAUUGGAGUCUUUCCAAUGUCCAAAUGACUUUUUCAUUGUGCAUUGCUUGAUUGAGUAGGAGAGUUUUAGCUGCAUAUUUAUUGAAUAGUAAAGAUAGGAGGAAAAUAAAUAGUUGGUUGUAUAAUAAUGAAUAAUGUGGCUAUGAACCAAAGUGAGAUAAUCUUAUUUGAGCUUUUAUUAUGUUGUC